AUGAAAGCUGCCCAAGAUCGUCAAAAGUCUUAUGCAGAUCGUCUCAAAAGGCCAAUCAAGUUCUCAGUGGGUGAUAUGGUUAUGGUGAAAGUUUCUCCUUGGCGAGGCGUGCUUCGAUUUCGAAAACAAGAUGUACUGACAAACCUUGAGGAAGUGAAAAAAGUGUGUAAUGUUUUUGAUGUCAACGGAGACCGCAAGAUCUUGGCGGUGGAGCUCGUCGAUGUCAUGAAGGCACUCGGAUCCGACACGUCUCUGGAUGAGAUGAAUCGAAUAAUGGCAGGUAUCGAUACUGACUGUGACGGUUUCAUCAGCCUAGAGGAGUUUGCAAGUUUAGAAGAUGACGACGAGAUGAAGGAGCUCCAGGAUACGUUCGAGCUCUACGAUCUAAACAAAAACGGAUUGAUUUCGGCAAAGGAGUUGCACCAAAUUUUGAGUCAGUUGGGAGAGAGGUGCACUGUUGAUGAUCAUACGAAUAUGAUAAAAACGGUGGAUUCCGAUGGUGAUGCUUAUGUGAAUAAUUCACCUUAUGGAACACGUAAUUUGUCUUUGAUUUCAUAA